CUAGUUUCUUAGCCAUCAGCAAAACUCCCUUAGCAACAACCUUGGAAGCUGGUCCUUCCUUGCUAAUAUCUUUUCCAUCUUUAUUCAGCCUCAGCCAACAUGUCUCACGAACUGUCCUACUACCGGCCUUCCACCCCGCCUGCGAUGCAGUUGCAAGGGUUCAUCGGUGCAAACCAUAGCCGUCACGCAUCUGACUCUUCUCUAUACUCUAAUAAUUCUUCUCCAUGGUCCGCUGUCACAGUGACAACAAGUCCAAUCAUCAGUUCACCUCCGCGGCAUCAUCAUGGCCCUGCACUGCUUCCCAAGAUUCGGCCACAGGACAUAGUGAUUGAACCCAAAUCUACCAGCGGGCCUCAAGGCCAGCGUCGUGUUCUCUCCAACACGCGCAACCCUGCGGGCCUAGUGAAUUUACCCACUUCUCGGUCUAGCCAGCGGGCUUCCGCUUCGGACUAUCUCGCUUUAGCAUCCCCUGGUUCGGUUCCUCCUGUUUACAAGACACAAGGUGGACCGUCUUUAGCAUCGCCAGUGAGUCUGACGCCGUCGUACAAGCGCAAAACCGCUGGUGGUCACACUCGAUCGGUAUCUACCUCUAUCAUCGAUGACUCGAAAGAGGGUCGGUAUGGAUAUUCAACCUGCCGGCAAGUCUCCAGGUGCUUGAUCCAGCCCCAGGGCACACUCACCGCACCUAUCACGCCUAUCACACCGAACAUUGUGGUGUAUCCAGCGUAUGUCGAGUCACCCGCGGAGCCGUCUCAUCCCAGAACUUGGCCUCCCAGUGAGGUCCCGAUGCCGUUGAUACUGCCAGGCUCACCCUACAGCUGCACGCGGACUUCCAGCGCUCAGUGCUCGCCGGUUGGGUCCUGCCACCAGACGGACGGGGAUUCAACCACGUUACUUUCCUAUCUCACUGCGCCAACUCAAGCAGUGAAUCUUGUUCGUAACGUCAGCGUGAUCCCCACGCGGGGGUUGCACGACUACUUCUGGUGGGACAUUCGCAACUUGCGCAGCUGGUCGUCCUUCUCUUUGGAGACCAUCAACUCGGUCGACGGGCUCUCAAAACUUCUCCAGACAGCCAUUCCGUCCCAGUUCACCCCCGUGAACGUACUCCCCAGCUCUCACCUGUCACCUGACUCCGAGGCUGCUCUGAUCAAUGUGCUACGAGACAUCUACGCUCCUCGAGUGAACGCAGCAUUAGCCGUAUCGCAGGGCCCGGACCAUCUGACUCUCUACGAUGCUCCCAUUCCGCGGGUCUCGGGCAACAAAAACUACGGAGGGCCGCACUUUCUAGCCAACUACGCAUCCGACACGGAACGGACCAGCGCGGGCCUUCCGCGCGGACGACUCGUUGGGAUCGUCAAGACUUUCGAUCGGUGGAACACGGGGAUGCGCAACGAAGCGCCUCACCGCCGGGUCGAAUACCUCAACGGACUGGCGCAUCUGCAGCGGUGCAUGCGCGAGCACUCGUGUCGGUACGGGUUCAUUCUGACUGAGAUUGAGCUGGUGUGUGUACGGGCGGGCUGUGACGAGGGGGACGAUGUGCCUUAUUUUGGAUUCUUGGAGGUGUCGGCGCCUAUCCCUACCAAGCUGGCGGCCUAUGGGGAUUACUCGGCGGAUCGAUGCCCCUAUCCCCAUUCACCGGCCCCCUCCAACGACAGCUCCUUGGCCAGCCAAUCCCCGGUUCUGGAUGCUUACCGGAUGCCCUCCGAGGGGCUCGAGGGGCCGAUGACAGCGAGUCUGGCGCUGUACUUUCUCCUGAUGUUGUCAAAGUCGGUGCCGCUCCCCUCGCAGCCGUCGGCCCAUCUCAAUGUGGGCGGGCCGGGGGCAUUGACUCGGCAGCGCGUUCUCCCCGACGGGAAGGACAAAUGGAUUCCCGAGCCGCAGAUCGGGGAGCGACGGGAUGCCAAGCGGGUUCGGGGGUGGGUGUGGCCGCAGGAUGCGUGGCAUCGGCGGGAGGGCGGCGGGGUGCCUCGUUCGCGGGCGAUGACGACCGAACCGAGGACGAAAAAGUGGCAUAAAUAG